ACGUUACCACUCGAAGCGAAGAAACCGUGGCAAGUUUGACCACUCAAGCGUUCAAUUUAACCUUUAGUGUCUGAAUAAUAAGCCGGGUAAAUUCCCGGAUUUGUAAUUAAAUACUGCUGACAAACAAUUCAACUUCUUUCGUGGAAACGGAGCAUUGGUUUCGUGGUAACAGCUCGCCAAACACUCCGAAGGUUUCGUAGGCCUAGCUUGAGAACACCUUGAUUGAAAACUGCAGCCUGUUUCAGAGGGUUUCCUUUACGAGCUUUCAUCUUCAACUGAUGUGACUUUGUAAUGAUUUACUGGUUUUGAGCGUGGAGUGAGAUGAGAAUUUGCAGAACAACAAGCACCAAACGUCAUUUAAAUUGAAGACAUUUAAAAAGAUUUCAAGCAGCAUAACAGAAGGGCAAGUAAAAUGGAGGAAUCUCACCCCCUGAGACGUUUCCAGUCAGAGGACGAAGACGAAGCCUUAGCCAAAGCACUGAAGAAUUCUCAAGAGGAUAAGCCUGCGAGUGCAGUCCCAAGCCACAGUAUAGAAGAGCGUUACGACUCAAGUUCAAGGCAGCCAUCUCAUAGGAAUUUGGAAUUUCAAAUGCAAACUCUUGAAGAAGAAGAAUUAUCAAGAGCCCUGGCCUUAUCUUUAGAAACCCACGACGGUCAACCGAAAACUACAGAGGUAAAACUCAAAGCUCAAUCUCGACAGAUGGCUCAUGGAGAGACUCAUCCCUCAAGUAGAGGACAAUUAGCAAUUCCACUCUGUUUACCUGACAACUGUGAGUGGAACCCACAAACGGGCAAGUCUGUUAAGACAGGGGACAAACGUUCUUCUCUGUAUGUGAUCGACGCGGCACUUGAGCAACUAAGGAAAGUUAAAGGUCCUGUGUGCGUGGUAUCGGUUGCUGGCCCAUACAGAAAGGGAAAGUCUUAUAUCUUAAGCGAAGCCUUUAACCAACCUGAGGUUUUCCCACUUGGACAUGAAAUGGUGGCCGAGACCAUGGGAAUCUGGUUAUGGAUUGUACCUGAAAAAUAUAAGGAUUCCUAUGGUCAGGAGUUUACAGUGGUGCUUCUGGACUCUGAAGGAAUUGAUUCUGCGGCCAGUGAAGGGUUUCAUGACCAUCAGAUAUUUACUUUAACUGUUCUGUUGGCCUCUGUGCUGAUAUACAAUUCCCAAGAUGUUCCUUCCAGACAUGACACAGAAGGACUGGAAUAUAUUACAAAACUAUCUCAGAGAAUUCAGAUACGAUCGAACACUGGAGAAGAUGGUCGUCAGGAAGACAUGGAGUUCUUUCACAAAACAUUUCCUCACUUCAUUUGGUUACUGAGAGAUGUGACGAAAGGCAUUCCAUCUGACUGUAAGGACAUCAAGGAUUACUUCUUAAAAAAGGUUUUUAAAGAAGAUUCUACAGCCGCUGGCUUUAAAAGCGAGCAAGUAGCUGAAAGCAUUUUGCGUUUUUUUAGUGGGUUUGACGCGUUCACACUACCUUCUCCAACAGUCGAUGUUGAGACAAUGAAAAGUAUAAACGAGAGAAAGGAUGAGAUUAAUCCCAAAUUUUUGAGCGGUUUAGAAAAGUUCAAGAGCUUGAUAAGGACCACUCUCUCUCCUAAACACAGCUUCAAUGAUGGAGAAUUUGUCACUGGCGAAGGUUUGGCGGUGAUGGUUCAACUCUAUGUUGACGCGAUAAACAGGCCCAAUGUUAUUCCUAAUGUGCAAAGUGCCUGGGACACAUUCGUUGCAGUGAAAUGCUCGGACGCCAAACAGGCUGCUCUGGUGACGUAUGAUGCGCUCCUGACGUCACAGCUAACUGAUGAAUUGCCUUGUAGCAAUGUCAUGAUACGCAUGCGUCACAGCGAUGCUUUUGAUAUGUGCCAAGAGCAGUUCAUGGCGGAAAUGGCUGGAAUCUCCACCAACACAGUUGAAAGGACUGUGGGCGAGCUUAAGGAAUCUGUGGUAAGUAAAUUAAAGUCUUGGCUGACAGACAAUGAAACGAAAACAAGACAAUCUUGUAAGGAUCUCCUUGAACAGCUAAAAAGAACUCAUUUGGACCCAGUCCUACAGCAACUACGGGGCAAAGAAGCAGCUAAAGUAUCUUUUGACGACGUCAUUGACGGGUACACCCGAAUUAAAGAUGAUUACUACAAGUCUGCAAAAGGCGCCAAAGAUGUCAUUGCUGCAGUGUUCUUCGAGUUUCAUCCAGAAUUGAUGAAGGAGAAGGAACAAUACCUGGGGCUGCUCAAACAACUGAAAGACUUUGACGACGAGCGGAGCAGAAAUUUGGCCGCCCAGGCGUAUCUAGACCAAGAAAGACAAAGACUGGAAGAACAACAAUCACGCUUGCAAGAGGAAAAUCGGGAAAGGAAGAAAGAGAUGGAAAUGUUGCUCAAAAAUCUAGAGGAGGAACGGAAAAGAUUUAGUGAGCAACUGGAAAGCGAGCGGAAGGCACAACAAGGUCAAAUGGAUAACAUGAUCGCAACAAGCAUGAAGCGGGCCCAAGAGGAACGGCAAGCCUUCAUAAGGGAAAAUCAAGCUUUGAAGGAGCGCUUCAUGGCAUUGCAAGAACACAACGAAAACAACAUGAGAAUGAUAAAGAAACUAUCAGAGAUGGCUGCUCAGAAAGAACAGGAGGAAAAGGUUCUUCGUCAACAGUUGGAGGCCAACGCCAAAGACGACAGCGAAGCCUUAAUAAAGGAGCUGAAUGAGAAACACGAUGCGGAAAUGAAGGCACUCCGUGAUGACAUGAACGCAAAGCUGGAUGAAAUUAUCAAACAAGCCCCAUCAAGUGCCUUAACAGCAUCGACAACAGAAGGAUUGAUAGGGCAACGAGUCAAGGAAACUGACGACUUACAUGGCAAGAUCAAACUAACUCGCAAAGGGCGAGAGGAUGUCGAAAAACCUGGAUUUUGGACACAAGCACUUCAGCUUGUGGGAAGGCUUGUUGUACCAGCUGUUGGCGCAGUUCUUUCUGCUGUAGAACCCAUUGCUGCACCACUUGCAGAAGGUGUCAGCUCUAUUGCUGGCAUUUUUUGCAACGUAAUGUAGUUAGAAUGGCUGGUUUGUAAGAAGUCGGUGGAAUUUGAA